AUGUCGGUAGCUGCUCACUUGUUUCAGAUCCCCCUGUCGUCGGGCUUCUGGUUCCAUGGUCAAACGAGCGCCCUCGGUUUGGUCCACGCCUUGACGAGAUAUCGAGCACCACUAUUCUUCAUGAUAGGCUCAGUUUUCCUGAUGCCGCUACUUUUUCUCAUACCGUUCGUGUUGAUAUUCCAUCCACUUGAUGACGUCUACGACCAAGCACAACUGGCGACCUACAUCGUCGUUUCACUAUCAGUCUUCGCCCUUUUGAGAAAUGUACGCGAGUCUAAGCCGAGGGCUAUGAGCACCCUCGGUCUGGCUUGGUUCUAUGUAUUCGGGAUGGGCGUUCUGUGGGUGGUCUUCUACAACACCGCCGGCAGCAACCUACGAUACUCGUACGGUCAACCUUUCGUUAAUCGUGAUUGUCGAGGAGAGAUGGAAGUGGUCGGCUGGGGAACAAAUAACCGCGAGCGGUAUCUGUGCCCAGUUAAAGUCGACGAUGGGGACGUGGCCUUCAACAUUAAAUGCCUUGAGACCACUCCAGAAGACGGAUCUGAAUGGUAUUGGCUAUGUGGCAACGACAUUACCACGGAUGCUACGAAUGAGAUUCUUUUACGCUUUGGUAAGGCAGUAGUGCUGCUUGCCUUCUUAGCUUACGUUAGUAGACGGAGCAAGAAGAAGAGUGAUUAA